AUGUCCAAGUUGCGUUAUAAAGGCACCUUGUUUGACGACGAAGGUCAAUCAUUACCAUCCGAAUCAGCCAAAAGGAAAUCAUCUCCGCAGAGGAGAAAAACAACAUCACCAAGGGAAUCGAGAGAAUCUUUAAAAGAUCGUUUGCUGAUACUACCAUUAAUGGGGGAAUCGUAUACAGAAUACGUGGAUUCAUAUUUGAACUUGGAGUUAUUGGAAAGGGGAGAAAGGGAAACACCCAUUUUUCUCGAAUCUCUGACAAGACAAUUAACCCAAAAAAUAUAUGAAUUAAUUAAGACAAAAUCAUUAACAGCAGAGACUCUGCAACAAAUAAGUGAUAAAUAUGAUGGUGUAGCGGCAGAAAACAAGCUGCUAUUUUUAGAGAGACAAUACUAUGUUGAUAUUGAAGGAAACGUUAGAGAUAGACGAAAUAACGAUAAAAUAUAUUGUGAACCAAAACAUAUAUAUGAUAUGGUAAUGGCGACACAUCUGAUGAAUAAGCACCUUAGAGGGAAGACGCUGCACUCGUUUUUAUUUUCGCAUUUUGCUAAUACAAGUCAUGCAAUCAUUGAUUGGGUUCAGCAAUUUUGUUCAAAAUGUAAUAAAAAGGGGAAAAUUAAGCCAUUGAAGGAAUAUAAACGUCCUGAUAUGUACGAUAAAUUACUACCAAUGGAAAGGAUUCAUAUCGAGGUAUUCGAACCUUAUGGUGGAAAGGCAAUUGAGGGUAAAUAUCCCUAUGUUUUAUUGUGUAGAGACUAUCGUUCAAGUUUUAUGUGGUUACUGCCAUUAAAGAGCACUAAAUUCAAACAUUUAAUCCCUGUUGUUGCUUCUCUUUUCUUGUCAUUUGCUAGAAUCCCGAUUUUUGUCACCUCAAGCACUCUUGAUAAAGAUGAUCUCUAUGAUAUAUGUGAAGAAAUUGCAUCGAAAUACGGUCUUCGAAUCGGUUUGGGCUUAAAAAGUUCAGCAAGAUUCCAUACGGGUGGUAUACUAUGUAUUCAAUAUGCCUUGAAUAGUUACAAGGAAGAGUGUCUAGCUGAUUGGGGUAAAUGCUUGAGAUACGGCCCUUAUAGAUUCAACAGAAGAAGGAACAAGAGAACGAAGCGCAAACCUACGCAAGUAUUGCUCAGUGAAGUUCCUGGACAUAAUGCCAAAUUUGAAACUAAGAGGGAAAGGGUUAUAGAAAACACGUAUUCCCGUAACAUGUUUACCAUGGCCGGUGGCAAAGGUCUUAUCUACCUUGAGGAUGUAAACACUUUUGCACUAGUCAAUGAAGGGGAGAGUAGUAAUAAUAACGAAAAUGUUAAUAACGCUAACAUAGGAAAUGAUAACUUUGAAGAAGAAGUACAAAAACAGUUUGAUCUAACGGAACAAAAUUACAUCGAUGAAUAUGAUGAUCUUGCGCAUGAUUCUUCAGAAGGCGAAUAUGAACCUAACACGUUGACUCCAGAAGAAAAUACCACACACAAUUUAGAAGAGGAACGAAUAGAAUCAACCAGUGAGACGACUGAUCUUGAUGGGAAUACAAAGCAAGAAAGAGAUGAGUCUGAAGAAAGAAAUCUCAACAGCGAGAAAGCAGGUGCAGCACUGCAGACAGAAUCACAUGGGGAUCGAAGCGUAGAAAUCACAAGCCCAGAAACAUCUUAUUAUCAAACUGAAGAACCGCCUUCAACAAAAAGACAAAAGGUAGGCAAUCAGGGUCAUGGUGACAUAACAAGGGAUUUUGGGUUGUCAAUGGAAUUGUAA